AUGAUGACCUCACUCCUAUGUAGCCAGAGUGAAGUCUUCAACAACUGAGCAAAAAGUCCUCUAUGCUGAUUUCAUCUUCCUUAAUUCCAGACCAGUCUCGGCCACGAAAAUGAGGAUGCAGUUCACAGAAAAGAACCAUAACAGCUUCAUGAUGCAGGCCCUGAACAAACAAAGAAAGAACAAGGAGUUCUGUGACGUGGCCCUCAGCGUGGACCAGAAUGUCUUCUAUGCCCACCUCAACGUCUUAGCAGCCCUAUCCCCCCAUAUAAGGAACCUAAUAGCUAGCAAUGACAUGAAGACUGAUGAUGAACUCUUUAUUAUCAUCGAUGCCAAGUUCUUGAGCUCUGCCUUGGUGGAACAGCUGCUGGACUAUUUCUACACUGGGAAAAUCCUCAUUUCUGAGAAGAACGUUGAAGAGUUGCUGAAAGGAGCCAAGUAUUUCAGUUCCCAGACUCUCAAAAGCCACUGCUCUGACUACCUCCUCAGGUCCCUCAGGAAGGACAACAGCCUAUACUACAUGUUCCUGGCUACCACGUACGAGUUGAAAGAGGUGGGGAAUUCUGCCUACGACAGUGUGCGAGACAACUUCCACUUCUGGGCCAGCCCAGAGGGCCUUGAGGACCUGAAAUAUUGCCCUCCUCAAGUCUUUGGAAGGCUCCUGAGGGAUGAAAAUCUUCACGUUCAAAACGAGGAUCAGGCCUUCCUGGCUCUCCUUCAGUGGGUGAAACACAAAACACCUGACAGGGAGAAGAAUUUUAAGAAGUAUUUUGCCUACAUACAUUUAACCGCUGUCUCCAGCAAGGUCCUGCUUUCUGCUUGCCGAGAAGUGCUGCUCCUUCAAGAUCACUCCGGCCCCCUGUCCCGGAUAGAGAGCAUUUUGAGCGAACGUAAACAUGGAAAUCCUCAAAGCUUGAUGCUCUACCAAAGGAAAGGGGCAUUGGUGGACUCCAUAGUGGUUUUAGGUGGACAAAAAGAGCAGGGUAAGUUCAACAACGGUGUUUUUGCUUACAUUAUUGAAGAGAACAUCUGGCUGAAGCUCACAGAGAUGCCAUACAAAGCAGCUGCCCUCAGCGCAACAUCAUUAGGGAAAUAUAUUUAUGUCUCUGGAGGAACCACAGAACAGAUCUCUGGCUUGAAGUCAGCCUGGAAGUAUGAUAUGGAUACCAACUCCUGGAUCAAACUUCCAGAUCUGCCCAUUGGUCUAGUUUUUCACACCAUGGUGACAUGUGGAGGAGCAGUAUAUUCUGUAGGGGGAAGCACGGCACCAAGGAAAUACAUUUCGAGCAUCUUCAAGUAUGACGAAGGGAAAGAGAAGUGGGUUCUCGCUGGGAAGAUGAGCAUUCCUAUGGAUGCAACUACACUGAUCACCAGGGAAGACAGGGCUAUUUACAUCGUGACGGGGAGAUGCCUAGUGAAUGGUCAGUUCUCUCGAGUAGGUGUGGUGGAUUGCUUUGAUGUCCAAACCAGGAACGUAGUCCAAUAUAUCACAUUCCCCAUUCAGUUCAAUCACAAGCCCCUGCUGUCCUUUUCCCAGGAGAACAUCUUGAGCAUCCAGAGCCACAAAGAGAGUUUGGAUAUAAACCUGCAGAAAAUCAAAAUCAUCAAGUCCACAAACCUUGUGCCACUCCUGCCGAACAACUAUAGCUUGGAUCUGUCGCAUGCAGUGUGCUCUGUGGGAAAGAACAAGGUUUUUGUGUGCGGUGGCCUCAUCUGUUCCGGCAACAAACGUCCCGAAGAGUACUGCAUCAAUCGACAAGCAUACAUGUUAGAUCAAAGCUUCCGAGAAUGGAAGCUGCUUGCUGAGCCACCGGAAGCUCUGGAUUGUCCUGCCUGUUGUACAGCCAAGUUGCCUUGCAAGAUUCUCCAAAAAACUGUAGUCAAUUAA